AUGCAGAGUUAUCUGAUAUCUGAUACGAAAGCCACGGUAGCCAUCGUCGAUCGCUAUUCACGUCCAGGAGGCCAUUGGACUAUUGCCUAUCCAUUCGUCACUCUUCAUCAGCCGUCUCUUUGCUACGGCGUCAACUCUCGAAAACUUGGGGACGAGAAACUGGACCGGGUCGGUCUCAACAAGGGCCUCGCUGAGAUGGCAACGGGAGACGAGAUUGUUGCUUACUAUGGCAAAGUCAUGAAUAGCACUCUUCUUCCAUCCGGCCGGGUGACCUAUUAUCCUCUGCACAACUAUACCAGUGACGGACAGUUCCAAUCAGUUGCAACAGGCAAGAUGUUCCAGGUCGGACCAAACACCCGCAUCGUUGACUCCACGUACAUGAAAGUCAGGGUUCCUGCCAUGGGCCCACCUCAAUACGAGGUGGCGGACAAAGUCAGCCUUAUCACGCCAAACGACUUAGCAACUAUUAAACGACCCUAUGGCGCAUACACAAUUGUAGGAGCUGGAAAAACUGCAGCAGAUACAUGCCUAUGGAUGCUAGCACAGGGUAUCGAUCCAAAAGACAUCUCCUGGAUCAUGCCGCGCGACUCCUGGUUCUUGGAACGCUCAAUCGCCCAGCCACCAGAAGCUACCCUAAACCCUGAGCAGCAGAUAGCAGAGAGAAAAGAGGCUACUAUGAAAGCUACGACAUCUGAUGACAUGUUUCACCGCCUGGAGACCUACGGACAUGUGCUGCGUAUCGAUAAGAACGUAGAGCCUACCAUGUUCAGGCACGCGUAUUUAUCGUCAGCAGAAAUGGAUCAGCUGAAGAGGGUGAAGAACAUCAUACGCCAAGGACGGAUGGCGCGCAUUGACCCUGACAAGGUCACUUUGGAACAAGGCGCGUACACACCGGUACCUGACACACUCUUCAUCAACUGCACCGCUCUUGGACUAUCAGACCAGCCAGUCAUUCCCAUCUUCAACGGCAGGUAUAUUACGCUCCAGGUCGUGAAGUUUAACCAGCCUGUGUUCAGUGCUGCUCUUGUUGCACACAUCGAGGCUACGUAUGAUAACGACGACGACAAGAACUACUUCUGUGAGCCUGUCCCGUAUUGUUUCAAGCCGAAGGACUACGUUGCCACCUUUCUGCCUAAUGUAAGGAACAGGAUGAGGUGGACGGAGGUGUCUGAAUUGAAUGCCUGGUGUGAAAAGGCUCGUCUUGACAUGGGCAUCUUGGGUCUGCCACCUAGCAAUCCCGAGACAACCGAGUAUUCCGAUCCCGAGCUUAUGGAUAAGCUGAGAGGUGUUUACGAGAAGUUCAACGAGAUUGCCAAGGCCGAUGCUAUCGCUGUAGCAUAG